UGCUCCGUCGAAAUUUUCACCAGGGAUCCUCUCAUGCUAAGGGCAUUGUGUUGGAAAAAGUUGGUUUUGAAGCCAAACAGCCUAACUCUGCCAUCAGAAAGUGUGUGAGAGUCAUCCAGCUUAUCAAGAAUGGCAAGAAGAGUACAGCCUUCGUACCCAACGAUGGUUGUCUUAACUUCAUUGGGGAGAAUGACGAAGUUUUAGUAGCUGGUUUCGGUCGUAAAAGACACGCCGUCGGUGACAUUCCUGGUGUCCGCUUCAAGAUUGUCAAAGUUGCCAAUGUCUCUCUUCUUGCUCUGUUCAAGGAAAAGAAGGAGCGACCACAAUCUUAA